UUCUUCGACAAGUUUCAUCGCACGAGGAAUUGAACAGAAAUCGGAAGUAAGGAAGCGAAUCAUGAAAUUCUUACUCAACGUUUCCCUUGUUUUUAUGGUUGUAUUCAUCUCUUUGAUCUAUGCGGCCCCUGAACCAGAACCGGCACCAGAGGCGGAGGCGGAGGCGGACGCAGACGCAGAUCCGGAAGCAGGAAUCGGGGCAAUUCUAAAGGUAUUGGCCACAGGAUUGCCUACCCUUAUAAGUUGGAUUAAAAAUAAGAGGAAACAGGGUUAAUCUACGAUAAUCUACGAUCCCGACUUACGAUCUAUCGAAUCCUCGACAAUUUAAUAUCUGUUGAACUUGAAAUAGCAUGUAUAAAUGUUGAUAAUAUAAAUUUUUUUCAUUCAUCAAA